UCUUCAGUACAGCAUUUCCUUCUUUCCUUGAGGAGAAAAGUGACCUGGGGUUUCCUACGUGAUCUGUUGAGUGGAGUGAAUAAAUAUUCAACAGGAAUUGGAAGAAUUUGGGUAGCAGUUGUGUUCAUAUUCCGCUUACUGGUUUACGUUGCAGCUGCAGAAAACAUCUGGAAACAUGAACAUGAUGAAUUUGAAUGCAAUAUCAAGCAGCCUGGUUGCGAGAAUGUUUGCUUUGACCAUUUUUUCCCUGUCUCCCACAUCAGACUUUGGGCUUUGCAAUUUAUCAUGGUCUCCACCCCUUCACUCUUGGUUGUUUUUCAUAUUGCUUACCGAGACAACAGAGAGAGAAGCCACAACCAGAAACUUUAUAAAAGCGCAGGAGAGAGAGAUGGUGGAUUGCUGUGCACUUACCUUGUCAGCCUUAUCUUAAAAACAGGAUUUGAAAUAGUUUUUCUUGUUCUGUUUUAUAAAUUGUACAAUGGAUUCGAAGUACCACGUCUUGUGAAAUGUGACAUAAGACUGUGUCCCAAUACUGUAGACUGCUGUAUUUCCAAACCUACAGAGAAGAUGAUUUUCCUCUAUUUUCUGGUGGCAACUUCCUGCCUGUGCAUUGUAUUAAAUGUAAGUGAAUUAAGUUACCUCAUUUUCAAAUCCUCUGUAAAAUGCUAUCUGAAGAUAUACAUAAAGAAACAUCAAGACUCAGAAAGUGAUUGCCACAAAUCAGAAACCAUCAUUCACAACACAGCAACAGCUGCAGGAUGGUUCCAUGACAGCUCCCUGUCCCUGCCUCUGAAUAUGCAAGAUGAAUGUGAAAAAAAUUCCCUGUCAACUUGAAAGAAGGCUGGAGACCACUUCCUGCUGCACAAACUGUAUUUGGCCAAUUGCUUUUCCAAUCCGUGCUUUACAGAACUGAAGAUAGAUAGUUAUGUAGGAAAUACUUUUUGUCUUGUUAAUUCCCCCUGACUUGAGAAGAUAAAUUCAGUCGCAUUGUGCAUGUCAUACAUAGAACCAUCUAAAUCUUUUCAUGGUGAAACAAGUGGUAUAGAAAUUUGAAAACUCCAUGAAGCUUCAAUAUAAAUGCAGAUGCUUAUGAUAAAUCACACCUAAACAAUUGCUCAAUGAGCUGUGUUUUGAAUAUUACACAGGAUUGCUUUGGUACAAGCAAAAAGAGGCUUUUUAUAUGGAGAGUUGGAAGAACUUGGGAUUGAUGAAGAUGCUGAACAGUAAGAGGAUGUACAGCAUUGGUUGAGUGGAUGGCUCUGACAACAGUUGAAAUAGUGAGUAUAAGGCGUUGGCAUAUGAUGGCUGCUGGUGUGUGGAAGUGAGCUGGGUGGGCACAAGCCCAUUCCACUGGACUACUGUAAAACAUCCUAAAAUAAAAAGAAAGAAAAUAAGAAGUGGCAGACACAUCUAGUUUAGCCCAUGGUGAUGAAGACAGGCCUGGUUAUUAAGCUAUUUAUGGAGAAUUUCCUUCUGAAGGUAUUUGAGCCCUUUACAGUUUUUAGGGCAUUUAUCAUCAGAGCAUGUACUGUAAGAAAAGGUACUUGCUCAAACUUGUGCAGGCAACGUGUACCAGAGUUAACUCCUGGUCACCUGCACCAAGGAUCUUCUCAGUAAUUUGACUUUUCUUCUGCUCCGUGGCUGUGGCAUUUAAUGGAAAAAGAUCAUUCCCAGUUCCCCAGGAUCCGAGUGGUGAAAUAGCCUGCACAACAUGGCAAGCCAGUAGUCCUGGCAUUCAGUAGCAAUGUCUUCUAGGAUCUAGUCUUCUGUUGAACCCAGACUUCUGAGAUGAUAGAAAUUGGCACCUAAAAAGACAUACUUCAGGGUAGCUGAAAUACAUUUCCGUUGCUGGAAUGAAAGACCUCUGGACAUACCUCAGUACUGAGUCUGAUCAAAAUACACCUUUUAGAGAAAAACACCGUCUGCUGUAAGCAGAGCCGCCUUAACGCUGAAUUGAUGUUACUGUU